AUGGAAAAACCUUAUGAGUUACUUAAAUCAAAUAAAGUUCGUAUAAAGAAUGAUAGAUUUUCACAAAUUAUUAAAUUUUUUAAUACAAUAAUUGACUUAUUACCAACAUUUUCAAAAAAGAUAUUAAUUGAAAAUGAUGUUGUUUCAAUUUUAACUCCUUUUACAAAUAAAUCAUUAUUUAAUUAUGUUAGUUUUUCAUCCGAAAUUUCAUCAGAUCUUAUCAAAGAUAUGGGGAUUAUGGUAAUUAAACAAUGUAAUAGUUCUUAUAUUCAUGAGCAAAAAUAUAAAAUAUUGGAACAAGAAUAUUAUAAAUUAUUUAUCAAUAAUUGUAAGAAUAUUAAAUACUUUCGUUGGUGUACAACAUUACCCUUAUAUCAAUAUCCUGGGGCAUCAACUUGCUUUUCUCAACUCCGUACCCUUGUUAUUACAUGUAAUCUAAGAGAUAAAUUAUUAGAAAUAGCGCAAAUUUGUCAAGAUAUUGAAAAUUUGAGUUUUGAUGGAGAUAAUCCAGGAUUAAUCAAAUUUAUUGAUAAUCAAAAAAAUUUACAAUCACUUCACUUAAGUAGUUACUCUAAAAAUAGUGAAAUUAAAUGUAUACAAUUAAGUGAAACAAUAGAAAAAAAAGCAGAUACAUUAAAACGAUUUACUUUAUUUGAUGUCUUGCUCUCACCAAAAUUCUUGCCCUCAUUAAUAAAUUUAGAGCAACUAAAGCUUAGAAUUUAUUCAUCAGAUCAAAAUAUGCAAGAAUUGAAAAAGUAUUUAUUAAUUGCUUCUUUUCCAAAACUUCAAUAUCUCGAUACACAAAAUUUAUCACCUCAUGGAGUUUGUAGGUUAAUUGAAAAUUCUCAAAACAUUAAAGAAAUUAAUACAUGGAAUAAAUUUUUGGGGGAAGAAGCUGUAUAUAAUAUAAAAUUAUUCAAAGUGAUUGCUAAAAAUUGUCCAAAUAUUGAAAGCCUACAUUUUAAUACCCAUUUGAAAAAUUUAGGUGGUGUGAAAGAAAUUAUCUUAAAUUGUAAUAAAUUAAGAAAAUUAGGCAUUGAUAUAAUUUAUGAAGAUGAUGGUGAUGAUCAUGAACGUGAAAUUAUUUGUGAUGAAGUAUUAAAUUAUUUAUUAAAUUAUUCACCAAGAAAUUUUGAUGAAUUUACCUUUAAUAGAAAUUGGAGAUUUUCGGUUAAUAAUCUAAAAAAAUUUUUUGAAGAUUGGAGAGGUAGAAAACAAAUUAAAUUUAUUCCAUGUUUUAAUGAAUGUGUUCAUUUUACCCAAAAGCAUAUUGAAAUUUUACAUAAAUAUUAUAAUGAAGGAGUAAUUGAUAUAGAUGCUAGUCUUUCAUAUGGUAUGCACGAUUAUUAA